AUGCCGUGUAGAUCACUCUCUCUCGAAAGUAGCAGGUCGUCCGACCUUUCUGAAGAAGAAGUCGUCGACAUUGAACUGGGACGCGGCACAGAUGAUAUAUCAAAGGAUAUAGAUGACAAAUCAGGCCAAAAUCCAGCCCUGGACUGGACAGAUCCCAAAGCACUCAUCGUUUCCUACCCAAACCCACAAGAAGUUGAAUUCGCAAAAUCUCGCAUCAAGCGUCACGUCUUCGCCUGUGACACUCUCUACACUGAGUACAAUAUUCUCGAGGCGAGGCUUGCCGGGCUGAAGGAGCAAAUCAAAACGCAUGAACGCAAAGUCCUGCAUCUCAAGGCGCUCAUUGCCCCGAUACGACGACUUCCACUCGAGCUCCUCUCUGUCAUUAUUCGCAUCCACGUCCGCGAUCAUCUUGAAUCAGUCUGGCGUGCCAUGAGAGUUUGCAGAGCAUGGAGAGCUGCUGCAUUGCUCACGAAAGAUGCCUGGAAUGCCAUUCUCCUCUGCAAUCCUGAAAGCGAUCUUGUGAGGCACGCACGGUGGACUGACGGGAGAUUCGAGAUCUACGAGGUGUGCGAUACGAAAAAACGUCUUGAGACCGUUCUAGCUCGAGCUGGUUCUGUCCCUCUAGAAAUAUUCGUGCAUUCGGACCUAGCAACUCCACUCACAUCGAUCGCCGACGGUGCUCCCGCAGAAAACAUUUUGCAUCUUUUCAGACAUAUAGAGGCGCUCGUGUCUACCCCUCGACUACGCUCAUUGAAGUUGAAUGCUCCUCAAUGGAAUUCGAUUCUUCCAGUCGACUUUCUCGCAACAUGGGAUUUGUCGCCAUUGGAAGAGUUGGAUACAAGUGUGGAGAAUCUGCUCAAGAGAACUUUGAACACGUGUACCAGAUUGACCAGGUUGGAACUCCCAUCUCACGCCCUUCGGGUGGCGACAAAGACGAAAUACUUUUCGCAUAUCCGAGAGCUCGCGGUUGCCGGGGAUGCGCCACCGACUUUCUAUCAAGACCUUUCCAGCUGCGGGGGAAUAUACAAACUGAGUUUCGCCGUGGACGUGCCGAGAGACAACGUCUCAACGAUCUCCAUGCCUGAGAUACGCCAUCUUGAUCUUUCCUUUACCGCCGUGUUGUGGCCUAUUGCUUGUCCCAACAUAACUCACCUACAGAUAUCUCAAGCGGACCAUCGUUUUCCAGAACGCCUUCCUAACAGAGUUCACCUUCCUCAUUUGAUCGAAUUCGAAGCCAAAUCCUCCGCAUUCACAACAAAGUAUGAUUUCCUAGAUCGCUUUGAAGCUCCAAAGCUCCGUCUCCUCGAUCUCAAAGACACGGAAAGCACACGAUCCAUGACAUCUCGGACUAUGGGAGACCUCUGGCCGAGCCAGCCAAAGGGUCUUAGGCUGCAGCACUAUCUUGACCCGUUCGUCCUCAAAUUACGAUGGGUCAACAUCAACACCAAGGUGCUCACUCGAACUAUCUCCCACCUUACUCGAUGCGUCGAGCUGCAUCUCAUCGAAGUCAUCAAGACGCCAGAGUUUUUUGAGCUGAUGUGCCAACUUGAGAGACAGGGGAACAAGGUACGAAAGGCUUUCACCCUGCUGCCUACGCUCCGGGUCCUCGUUAUCGAGAUCAUGACCUCCGGGAGGUUCAUCAAGAAGGACUUCUUCGAUGCAGCCUAUGCCUUUCUAGAGAGAAGAAAAGCGCUCAAGACGCCGCUCAACCGAUUGGCAGUUAUGACACCCUAUAGCAGGAGCUGGGAGGAACUCGUAGAGACUUGA